GACCUAUAGGUUAUUUAGGUCCACAGUACACAUAUUGACAUGCAUGUGCUGCUACCCGUGUACCAGGAGUGCAUAGUUUUAGAGUCGUUUGUGUCGUGUUGUAGACACUAUUAAGUUUGUAGUUAUGUCUACAGUCUCCAAAGUAGUACUAGGUGUUUCUUUGGUUCUUAGUCUGGGAACGGUGGCUGGAGUUCAUAUCAAGCAGAACCUGGACAGAGAGAGACUGCAUGAAGGUGUCAUCAGGGAUCUUGAGAGACAGGCCCGUAAAAGGGAGAAUCUGCGACAGCUGGAAGAACAAAUCUCUCUCACCAAGGAGCUUGAGAUGGAACGGGAGAAGAGAGCAGCGGGCGCACAGACCUCCUAGAUUGACCUAGAUAUACUACACACCUGCUAUUGCCGUGCUGGAAACAACCAUCUACAUGCAGCAAAAUUGCCUAUAGCAAGAAGCAUUGGACCGGGAGUUUGUUAGUGUUCCUCCAGCUUGAAAAGGAUAUUUUUCUGCAUUUAUUAAAGAUAUUUAAUGGGG